GCGACGUCUACGCUGUGCCGAUCGGUGAGCGCAAUUUUUUGCCAAAACUACCCUUUAAUGCUCGUGUGACGCACCGUACGGUAGCAGUAAAUCGCCAACUGCGACCGGAUCUAAGUUUCGCCCAGCUCAGGCGGCCAUGGGGAGAGCUGGCCGUUGCAGUGUUCUGCUGUCGUCCGGCAGGCUGCUGGUCCUGUGGCUGCUGAUGAGUUUGUUCACGGGCUGUGCGGACACGUUCUACGUUCCCGGCGUGGCGCCCGUGGAGUUCAGCCGUGGCCAGCCCAUCGAGGUGAAGGCCGUCAAGAUGACCAGCACGCUGACGCAGCUGCCGUACGCCUACUACUCGCUCAACCUGUGCAAGCCCAAGAACGGCACGCUCAACUACAAGUCUGAGAACCUCGGGGAGGUCCUCCGCGGGGACCGCAUUGUGAACACGCCCUACGAGGUUCACAUGGCAGUGGACCAGAAGUGCAGGUUGCUGUGCCACAUGAGAGACACCGACCCGCCACCCAUUUCGUGGCAGCUCGAGGACUCCCAGACUGCCGCUCAGCGCAUCCGGCACCAGUACUUCGUCCACCUUCUUGCCGACAACAUGCCAUGCGCGACACGCCUUGAAUCGUUUGACAGCAGUCAACCGGUUUACGAACAUGGCUACCGGCUUGGAUUUAUCGAGAAUGACAAGCCAUACAUCAACAACCACCUGAAACUCAUCCUCUACUACCACACUGAAGACAAUGAGCACUUCAGGGUCGUUGGCUUCGAAGUCUCCACCAAGAGUGUGCACAAGGACUCUAUGAAGUUCCUGAAGGGUGGCUCCUGCGAGUUUGACUCAAGCCAAGCCAAAAAGCAGGAGGUGAACGAGAACGGCAUCACAGACCUGUACUUCAGCUACGAGGUGGAGUGGAAGAGCAGCAGCAUCAGGUGGGCCUCCCGCUGGGACACCUACCUGGCCAUGACUGACGUCCAGAUCCACUGGUUCUCCAUCGUCAACUCGGUCAUUGUUGUCUUUUUCCUGUCGGGUAUGCUGACUAUGAUCAUCGUUAGGACACUUCGGAGGGACAUUGCCCGCUACAACAAAGAUGAAGACUCGGAAGAUGCGAUGGAGGAGACUGGCUGGAAACUGGUCCACGGUGAUGUCUUCCGACCACCACAGUACCCCAAGCUCUUUGUUGCCGUUGUCGGCAGUGGGAUUCAGAUCUUCUUCAUGAUGUUCAUCACAAUAUUCUUUGCCAUGCUGGGCAUGUUGUCACCAGCCUCCCGGGGGGCCCUCAUGACUGCUGCGAUCUUCCUCUACGUCUUCAUGGGCCUGUUUGCCGGCUACUUCUCGGCCCGCUUGUACAAGACCUUGCGUGGUGUCCAGUGGAGGAAAGCAGCCUUCCUGACGUCAGUCCUGUACCCGGGCAUAGUAUUUGGAACGUGCUUUUUCCUCAACUUCUUCAUUUGGGGAAAGCACUCAUCGGGAGCGGUUCCCUUUGCCACCAUGGUGGCGCUGCUGUGCCUCUGGUUUGGCAUCUCAGUGCCUCUGGUGUUCCUGGGCUACUUCUUCGGGUACCGCAAGAAGCCCUACGAGCACCCUGUGCGCACGAACCAGAUCCCCCGGCAGGUGCCUGAGCAGGUCUGGUACAUGAACCCAGUCCUCUGCACGCUGAUGGCAGGGAUCCUCCCUUUUGGAGCCAUGUUUAUUGAGCUCUUCUUCAUCUUCUCCGCGCUGUGGGAGAACCAGUUCUACUACCUGUUUGGUUUCCUCUUUCUCGUUUUCAUCAUCCUCAUAAUCUCCUGCUCGCAAAUUUCCAUUGUGAUGGUUUAUUUUCAACUCUGCGGUGAGAACUACCACUGGUGGUGGCGGUCGCUGAUAGUCUCCGGAGGAUCUGCGCUCUAUGUGUUUGCCUAUGCCGUCUUUUACUUCGUCACAAAGCUGGAGAUCACCGAAUUCAUUCCGACUCUUCUGUACUUUGGCUACACAUGCAUCAUGGUGCUGACUUUCUGGCUGCUGACGGGAACGAUCGGUUUCUACGCUGCAUACUUCUUCCUCUGCAAGAUCUACGCUGCCGUCAAAAUCGACUGAGCUGCGCAGCUAGCAUGCCUUUGGCCGCCGCUGCCUCGUAGCUGCAUCACUGGGAGCAGUGGUUGCGACAGCGUCGUGUGCAAGGGGCAUGAAUCGACCGACUGAAUUCUCUACACUUGUGAGAAAUGGAUGGAGGUGGAAGACACAGACGAAAGUACUCUGGGACUGGGAAGGGAAACGCUGAUUUGGUGCGUGUCUGUUUCUGUAUGUGUGUGUGUGUGUGUCAAGGACAAGAGAUGACCAGAAGGUGUGACUACCGUUAGCAUUGAGCAGUAAGAAGAAUGUGUUGUGUGACAAGCACUUCGUACGGGUCAGGGAAGUGUGCAGUUUUUUCUCUGUCUUUUUUUUUUUUUUUUUCAGUAUGAAUGUGUGUUCGCGUGUUUUUGCUUGUUUCCGUUUCGCACGUAGAUGUCAUUGGAGCGAUGGCAGGAGAAUGGGGCAAAUAGGAGUUGUAGCUUAUUUUUACUGCCACCUCCGCGUUUCUCUUCUACUCCUUAGUGAUUAUUUUUUUGUUAUUUCAAACGGUUUUACUUUUGUGUGACCGAGAGGAAUCAUGAACAUAGUUUUUGUCUAACCAUCGGCCGCCUCUUCCAGCUGCUAGCCGCUAGUCAGCAAGAACAGCAAGAAGCUCUUGGCUGUGUGUACUUCUGAUGACUUGUUUUGGAUUCAUGCUCCGUGUCAAGCUGUGAACUGGGUCCCCAGGGUGGCAUGAAACAGCUGUGAAGCAGCAGAGAGCAUGGCAUCUCUCACCAUUUGUCUUUAUUAUUUUAAUUUUUUUUCUUUGGAGAACGUGCAGUGUCUAAUAAUGAAUGCACUAUUGCGUGUACUUGUAGUACACAUGGCUUUACAGAUUUUCAGCCUUCCUAAAGUGAUCUGUGUUCUGCUUUGGGGAGGAUGCAUAUGUGGGUGGUGAUAUAGAUGUUCUUGCUGAUGGUGCCUCAGGAUGCCUCAGCUGGAACAUCCUGUGGGCUUGCUGUAGUGUCCGAUUCCUGCUUUCCCAGAUGCAGCUUUGGAGGCUUGAUUGAUGCACAGGCAGGUCAUAAAAAAAAAAUAUUUUCAGCCACCUUUUCACUGCCAUUAGGUUUGUGAUUGACAGCUUUCACAUAGGUUGUUUGCACUAGUUGUGCUUUACAGACUAGUUCAUUUCGACAGGACUGUCAGUAGCCAUCUUUGGGUUUCUUGACGGGUUUCCUCUUGGCAAAUUCUAGCUCACGACUCGUUUCUGACCUCGGCAGUCUGCAGCGCUUACAGUGUUGCUAGCUGCCACUUUCAGUCAGGUGUGGUCUAACUGCAGGUUAUUCUCAGUGGAAUUUUACUUCUAGACUUGGUGCUGCACCAUUUGUUAUUGUUUCCUGCAUUGUUGCAAUUGAACGUGUGUUUUCUGGCAGUUAGUGAGUUGAUAGCUAAAAGCACAACUCUGCAGCCAGGAUUCACUGAAUGCAUCUGACACAGCUGAAUAUGGAACUAUGGAUUCUUCAGUUCAGUACUAAAUUCACCCCAAGAAAGGACCAAACAGUAUUGUACACAUUCAUGGCCCCAACAUCUUUGAUGAAAAGCAGUUUAUACUGUUACCCUUGCUUCAGUGAUUCCCAGGUCCUGUUAACACUUUAGGCAUUUGUAAACUUGAAGGGCAGUGAACAUUGCCUACCAUUUCUUAUGCACCAUGCCACUUCAAGUUGUCGUGGUUGAGCAUGUUUCACUCUGUCAUUGAAUCGAUUUUACUAAGUUGUAUUGUUUCUGUCAUCAACAUUUGCAGAGUCAAACUUGCCUGUAACUUUUUCUGCAACUGCAUUAACUGAAAAGUUGCCAUAAAAUAGUGUGCAUCCUUAUUACCUCCUUUGCGCAUCUGGGAAAGCAGCACUGUGUUAGUCUGAAUGGCAUUUCUGCCAAAAUAGUUAUGUGCACUUCCAUGCUUAGUCUGCUAGCGUCUCUUUUCACGCACUGUUCCUAGUGCCCUAGUGUUUGGAACUGCAUGUUUAUACUGUGAGUUGCUGGGACUUGUGUGUCUUUUGUUGUUUUUGCUUUCAAGUGCCUAUCUGUAGGGUAAAUGAGUAUGCGUCCUUAGCAACACCUGGGUGUCUUGAGAUGGCUCAGCUCGGCUUAAGACAUGAUAACAUAAUGCUGGGAACUUUAUUUGAGCAGCUCCGUUGGCCAAAGAAAGUGCUUGGGCAGAGUACAGCUGUCAAAGGACUCAAGAUAUAGCACGGCUCUUAGUUUGACUGCCAGAAUUCAUGGUUCUGGCACACUUCUGAUACGAUUGCAAGGUGUUUGGAGCUAUUUUCAGCAAGCCAUAGUAAUCAGUGACCAAACAGCUUUGGUCCCUGAACGAAAUCCCAGGUACAAUAAGCAACAUUUAAUCUCCAAACAUCUUGUCAAGAAAAUCUGCGAUGCAUUGUUGGUAUAUACUUUCUAAUUGUCCAUUAUUUUGCAGGUUGAGCCAGCGUGUUUGUCCAUGCUUAUAUGAUGCUGUUUACUUGUGGAACCUCAUUGCCAUUCACACGCAUCGACUUCUGUACUUUGUAAUUUAUGAUGUACAUAUUCCUUUGUAUCAAGGAGAACUUCGGAUUCCCUUGCGACUUUCGUUACUUGUCUAAGCCAUACGGCCGACCACUUGUCGCUUAAAAAUGUGGGAGCAAAUUAUCGUAAUGGUGUUAUUAUGGGCAGUUUUUGUCAAAAGUUCAGAAGCAGAUGUGCACGCGACCGGACGUAUGGUACGUCCACCCAGUGGGAUCCCAUAUAAAUCUUGUGGCUCGAAGUGCCAGAGACUGGGAGUGAUAAUUAUUAAGCUUCAGAGCAUCGGUUGUGUAACAAGUAGCCAGCAACAGGACCUUGCAAUCACUCAUGGAGUGGCUUCGAAACUUUCGACCAAAACUGUACCCCUUCUUUUCCAUUGCAUGAUCCACUUCAGUAACUUACAGCACUUAUGUCGGGUAAGGCGGAAGCCCCGGAAAUUUGUGCUAUGUGGUAUUCUACAAUGCAACCAAAGCAUCGAUUUCUCAUGUUAGUGUACAUGCCUUGAGGGUAACCAAUCUUUGAAACACGUAUUGAAUAUUAAACACAUUACUACUUCUGAAAUCAA